CCCGUCUCUGCCGUUGCUUUCCUUUUCGACUUCAUCAAUAAUGAAAAAAAUUCGCUCAGGGAGCUCCGCCGAUCUUGCAGCAGCAAUAUGACCGGAGCAGGAGAAGAUGACGGCGAAGUAGCUCCUCCUCCUCCCUCUCCUCUAGCCCAGAAACCCAUGGACGAUGCGGCGGCGGAGCACCGCCACGGCGUCGGCGAUGAGCCGUCCUUCCGGAUGGAGAACCUUCCUGGGUAACUGCCAUUCCGCCAGUCCCUCUUCACAGCAGGAGGUAAAAAAUAUUUGCUUAAGCAUUUCACUGUUACCCUAAGGAUCUAACCAGUGCGUGAAAAUUAGUCCUUGAUGUGAUUCCUAUGGUGAUCUCCACGGAUCUGAACCUCUGGGGCAAACAAAAAAAACUGGUGUUUUAUGGCUUUGGGGGCAGGGGCAGGGAGCUUAGAUUAUGGUCCAAUUCAUGUCUUUUACUUUUUCAGUGAGCCUCACUUUUAAGGUUUAUUGCUCAAGUUGUUUGCUACACCAACAGGGAGGGCACCUAUCGACUUGCUUGAGUUGUUGGAGAAAGGAAAAUCGUCAAAUUACUUGCUGCCGAAUGAGCCUCUACACCACACACUUCUUUGGAUAAAAGGCGCAACAGCCACCUAUUUUUGUUACUGAAAUCGUUUCGGCUUCGGUAAGACGGUAACACCACAUUUGGGUUCCAGCAUUCAAAUCAGACUGCACAAGCCGUGAACUGACAGCGCCAGACGCACGGCCAAAAAUCGACACUAAGAAAACCGGCAAACUAAAGGCUUCAUCAGGACACCGCAGACAUACAUACAUCCUGACGCGGUGACGCCCUCAGCCUGCUUCCGGUCUUCUGACCACCGGCCUACUGCAGCCGUGCUGGCUAGAGAAAUCUUCAGACGCCACCGGGGACAGCUUGCAGGGCCGCCCGCCGAAUGUGUUUCCUGUGUUCGUUCUUCAAGAAGCCGGCUCAUAGACUCAUAGUAGGAUCUAUUGGAAGAAUACCUCAAUAACAUGCUUCACUCCUCGUUUCCCAAAUAGCCCAAAUGAACAGGGUCAGGCACACAACCCCUACUGCUAAGUUGCAAAAUCCAAGAAGUACGUUAAUGAUAAAGUGAAAGUAGUAACAGAAUUGCACUGAAAUGAACAAUAGACUACACUCCACGUGUACUUGGCACCACUACAAAACACCCAUUUGAAACUACACUACAAAAUGUUGCAAAGAAGGCUGCAAAACACCCAUUGAAACCACACUACAAAAAGUUGCAAUCUGCAUCUGGUCUGAUUUCUCUUGUACGCACUUUCAGGUCAUUGUGUGUUUUUAUUUCAGUAAUUAGUGGCUAUCGCUUGCCUACCAGUUAGUUUUAGUUAAAGUUCAGCCCGACUAAAAAUUCAGGCUCUUUCUUGUCGCGGGAGAUUCAGCCUGUUGAAGUUGGAAAAAUGCUCUGGACGUUCCACUGUAAUCUGUGUUUUUAUGGCCCCGGUGAUCUGGAUUAUCACACCGAUGAACAACCCAUUGAUGAUUUUCUCAAAGUAAAACGAGCUAAGUGCCUUGAGGCUGUAAAUUGGGUUAUUCAAUGGCAUAGUGUGGUAGGUAUUGAUAAGUUAUGCAUCAGGUGUGGCUUGCACAAAGAGGACUUUGAUCGUCUUGACAGGUGGAUUGGCUUUGCCGCUUCAUCAAAAACAAAGCAAUGAUCAUAGUUUUUGACCCGAAGAAACUUAUUCGCCAUCUGAAGAAGUUCAUGUCCAUCACUUUCGUCUUGAAGCCUCGGGUGUUCAAGGCAGAUCCUGUGUGUAUUUCUUGUUUCUCGCUGCUGUUUCUAUAAAGCUACACUCAGAAUGAAUGUUGAGAUGGUUGAGUUUCAUGCUGCUGAUCUUUGCGCAUUUUGAGUGGGAAGGACAAGAGAUCCCUAUAGUACUUCAUGGGUGCUCCAAAUUAGAGAAGGCUACGAUAAUGUUCAGAGGCAGCAAAGGACUGGCCCCUGUAUUCACUUUAGUUCCGAGCAUUUUGCCAGUGAAGUUGCAAAAUCUGACAACAAGACCACAUGGCACGUUUAUGCAUUUGAGGCACAUGACCUGUCAAUUAACUGUCUUCUCUAGGCAGCCAAACGCCGACAACAGAAUUCUUCAACUUGCCCGCUGCUUGGAUAUUUCGCCCCGACUGGAGACGUUGUAUUUGGAUAUGGUAUAUCUGAACCUCGAGGGCGGUGGGAGCGAUGAUGUUCGUAUACAUGGGUCUCCCACAUGCGUCACCAUGAUCAUCUCAAGACGGUCUGCAUUGCUCAGGUCGCGGCUGGUAUGUUUCCCAUCCAGGAUCAUGGCAUCUAGCGUGCUGCGCCGGAGGUCAGCAGAUGGGCAUAGCUUACCCUGGGGCGCUUCGGUAAGGUGCCGCUGGAGCUACUUCCUAACUGAUGAAAGAACUUGAGUGGUGAAUGCUCAAACAAAGUUUGGCAUCCACCGAUCGCUGGUGGUGGUGUCAUAUAUUCAUAUGUAAUACUGAUGAUGCUGGGUGCUGUACUUGAGAGUUUCUUGUGCAAAGAGAUAAUGAUGUCAGUGUGAUGGUUAAACUCGCUGUGUUUUAUUUUUCUGGGGCAACGAUAACACUCAACACACAUCUUAAGUCUCUGAGAUAUAGAAGGAACCUGGCUCUACUGACUGUUCUUGCUGUAUCA